AUGGACGAAGAUGAGCAAUUCAAAAGGAUUAAAGAAAUCUGCAGCCCAUUCGAAAUUAAAAUUGAACAACUAGCGCAAAUAAAAAAUCAAAUGUUCGAUGAAAUUAAUUCAAGUUCGGAAAUUCCAACAAAUCUUAAGAAAUCCUUGACAUUUCUACAAUAUUUUCCAACUGGUUGUGAACAUGGACGCUAUUUGGUCAUACAUCUGGAAGAUAACAAUUUUCGCAUACAUUUAUAUCACAUGCGUGGUGGAAAUGACCCUAUUGUCAGCUCAGAAUUUUAUGAAAUUUUACCGGAUCUAUUGUCAGGCGGAGGAAUUGAAUUAUUUGCCAAUAUUGCAAAUUCGUUGCAAUUGUUUUUGAAAAAAUUACAAUUGGAACGUGAACCACUGACGCUGGUAGUAGAGCUGGCUGCUGUGGUAAAUGAAGCUACCUCUGUGUUCUCUGCGGGAUCGUGGAAGUAUUCCAAGUGCUUAAUGGGUAUAUGUUUGGGUUCGGAAGAUACCAGUGUUGCUUAUACAGAGAAAACCGAAAAUAUUCCCCCUCCAAAUGUUUUAUGUCCUGCAAAACCCUUUGUUAUUAGCCAUCUCGAUUGGGGUGUUUUUGGUGAAAAUGGUUGCCUGGAUCAUAUACGCCACGAAUUAGAUAUAGAAGUUGACAAAUUAUCGCUAUAUCCUCGGAAACGUAUUUACGAAAAACUAAUUUGUGGCAAUUAUAUUGGAGAAUUGGCGCGGCAAAUAUUUCUGCUCUGCACCCGAGAGGGUAUUUUAUUUAAUGCUGAUAUUGGAAAACAUUUAACGGUUCCUUUCUCAUUUAAUCUCCGCCACAUCUGUGAAGUGCUGGCAGAAUCUCCCGAUAGUUUUGAUAAUACCCGUUUAAUGUUUGAUCGUUUGGGUAUCAUGAAGCCUAUGGAUAAUGAAUGCCUUAAAGUAAAGUAUAUUUUGGAAUGCCUCGCAAGACGUUCUGCUGCCUUGUUGGCAGUGGGUUGUGCAUGUCUUUUGGAACGAGUAGAGGAAUCUCAUGUGGUGGUCUGCAUUGAGGGAAGCUUUUAUGAAAAUAGUUUAAUUUAUCAGGAGUUUCUUGGGAAUUACCUUGAAAAAUUGGUACCGGAAGGCAAAACAUUUGAAUUGAAAUGUGUGGACCAGGCGAUUGAUAUUGGCGCAGCAGUUUUGUCCGCUGUCAGUCAGCAACAAAAAUUUCUUUACCAGGCCAUGGAGGACAAUGGGGCUGAAGUUAUUCAGACUAGCCAACAAUCAACUACAGAUGAAUCUUAA